GACACGGGGAUGGAGCCCUGGCGCCAGUGCUCUCUCUGGCUCAUCAGUUGUGGGGUUUUACCCCCGGACCACCGGGUGAGUUGGCCAGGGGCUCAGGUUUUUGACCUGGCUCAGUCUCUGCGGGAUGGGGUGCUGCUCUGCCGCUUACUCAACAACCUCCGGCCCCGCACCAUCCUCCUCAAGGACAUCAACCAGCGGCCACACAUGUCCCAGUUCCUCUGUCUAAAGAACAUUCGGACAUUCCUCACUACCUGUUGUGACACUUUCGGGAUGCGGAAGAGUGAACUUUUUGAUGCUUUUGACCUUUUUGAUGUCCGUGAUUUUGCAAAGGUGAUUGAAACGCUGUCGAGACUUUCCCACACACCAGUAGCACAGAGUGCAGGGGUAAGGCCGUUUCCCACUGAACAAGCUGUGAAUGAUGAAGAUAUUUACAAGAGUCUUGCUGACCUGAUUGAUGAGGCCAGUGUGGAGGAUGAUGAGGAUCUCUACGACUGUGUCUAUGGUGAGGAUGAAGGUGGAGCUGUCUAUGAGGAUCUGAUGAAAAUCGAAGCAGUCCAGACACCUAAACAGAUUGAGACAGAUAUUCGCAGUUGCUGCCUCCUGGAAAUCAAACAGACGGAGGAGAAAUACACAGAGACACUGGAGUCGAUCGAGAAGCAUUUUAUGUGCCCAUUGAGACGGGUUUUAAGUCCAGGAGAGAUGGAGAUCAUUUUUGUUAAUAUUGAGGCUUUAGUGAAAGUUCACAGAGAUUUGAAUGAAGAUGUAAGGAAUGUCAUCAUGUCCAAGAAUGACCAGAACCUCUAUCAGAUCUUCAUCAACUACAAGGAAAAGCUGCUGAUUUAUGGUGACUAUUGCAGUCAAGUGGAGAGUGCAAUUAAGUGUUUGGAUGAAAUCAGUAAAUCAAGGCAAGAACUGCGGCUGAAGUUGGAGGAAUGUGCAAACAGAGCGAACAAUGGAAAGUUCACAUUGAGAGAUCUUCUUGUUGUACCAAUGCAGAGAGUCCUCAAGUAUCACCUCCUUCUUCAGGAGCUCGUGAAGCAAACGACUGACCAACAGGAGAAAGCAAAUUUGCGAUUGGCACUGGACGCAAUGAAGGACUUGGCACAAUAUGUGAACGAGGUGAAACGAGAUAACGAGUGCCUACGAGAGAUUAAUCAGUUCCAGCAUUGCAUUGAUAACUCGAACCAGCCUCUUACAAAGUAUGGACGUCCCAAAGUGGAUGGGGAGAUGCGGCUAAUGACGCUGGACAAACGCACACGGCAAGAUCGGCACAUCUUCCUCUUUGACAAGGCAGUCAUUGUGUGUAAGAGACGGGGAGAUAACUAUGAAAUGAAGGAAAUCAUCGACUUGAGCGUUUACAAGAUAACAAACAACCCAACAACAGACAAGGAAAACAAGAAGUGGUCACAUGGAUUCUACCUCACACAUCUGCAUGGCCAAAACGGAUUUGAAUUCUUCUGUAAGACAAAGGAUUUGAAGAAGAAAUGGUUGGAACAGUUUGGAAUGGCACUAUCCAACAUUCGGCCUGAGGGUGCCAACAGCAAUAAUCAUGCUUUUACCAUGCACAGCUUUGAACGGAUUACAUACUGUCAGGCGUGCCAGAUGUUGCUGAGAGGGAUAUUUUACCAGGGAUACCUGUGCACAAGAUGUGGAACUGGAGCACACAAGGAAUGCUUAGGGAGAGUCAGCACCUGUGGCAAGGCUACACCAGAUUCUGAAAGAGUCAAUCACGGGAAAUGGUUCAAUGGACACAAGAGCCAUGGCAGACACUCAGACCCAGGAUUACCCAAGAUGCAAGUGGUGAAGCGAUACAAUGGGACCCCUCAGCCUCCUCCAUACACCGGACCGGCUUUACACAUUCAGCUAGGAGAUAUUAUCGAGGUUGUCCGUGCCGAGGCUCACUACACCUGGUGGGAGGGCAAAAAUCUGACUACGAGGCAAAUUGGAUUCUUUCCAAGUCACUCGGUGAAACCCUUACCCUGUGUUCCAAAACCUAUGGAUUAUUCUGGAUUUUCAUGGUACGCAGGAGCAAUGGACCGACUGCAGGCCGAGAAAGAGCUUAUCAACCGUGAAAACAGCACCUUCCUCAUCCGGCAGAGAGUGAAGGAGUUGGGAGAAUAUGCCAUCAGCAUCAAGUACAACAAUGAGGUGAAACACAUCAAAAUUAUUUCCAGAGAUUCGUCCUUUCACAUUACAGAAAACAAAAGAUUCCAUGGUUUAACCGAACUUGUAGAAUAUUAUAAAUAUCAUUCACUGAAAGAGGGUUUUCGCUCCUUGGACACAACUCUCCAGUACCCCUACAAAGAGCCCGAGGAUGUCCCAGGUCACAGAGCUCACCGAGGUCGGGGUCACUGUGAGUACUCAUACACUGCUCCAUUUGUCUACACUGCUUGGCAACACUUUGAGCCCGAAGGUGGUGGGAGUUGCAGUAGCUCAGUACGCUUUCUCAGCCAGAGACAUGAGGGAACUGUCGCUUCAGGAGGGAGACAUGGUGAAGAUUUACAGCAAGAAUGGAUCCAAUGGCUGGUGGCGAGGAGCUGUCAAUGGGAGGAUUGGAUGGUUUCCCUCGACAUAUGUGGAAGAGGAGGAAGAUUGUUUCACAGUCUGACUCGUUACUUCACCUGAAUUUCAGGGAUCAGUGAAUUAAGAUGAUUGCAAACCAGCCAAUGAUCUAGGAGUCUGGUGAAGAGUAUUCCUCGCUGCAAGUUCCCUGUUGGUCUUCACAUGAUGAACUGUGAUUUCAGGAGCCAACAGGUUCAUUGAGACUUUGUUAGAAACAAGAUGACCAUCUGGUCUGGGGUGAGGGGGAGGAUGGGGACUGGAUUGUAGACACUCCGCUUAGAACCAGUUUCACCGUCUCCACUUCCCACACUGGAAUCCAACCAACUCAGGCUUUUUGCUGAUUGAGAGACGGGGCCCACAUCAAUCUAACACUGCGAAUUCUGGCAAUCUGGGAAUGCAUCAUUUGGAGAUGGAGUGUAAAGCCCAGGUUUAUUUGCUGCCUGGAUACUGACUGCUCUGUGUAUAGUAGAAAGAAUUCAAUUUAGCAAAGAUUACCUCAUUGUCCCACCAGUUACAGAACACAGCCCGUGUAUAAGAUUCACACUGAACUCCGACAGACCAGUCCAGGAAUGGCUUAAACUUUUAAAUCAGUGAGUAGCACUCUCAUCCCAGAGUCACAAAGUCCUGGGUUCAGUUCCCACUACAGAACGGUUGAGCACAAAGUUCAAGAUGAACCUCCAAGGGCAGGACUGAGGGAGUGCAGCACUGUCAGAGGGUCAGUACUGAGGGAGUGCUGCACUGUCAGAGGGUCAGUACUGAGGGAGUGCUGCACUGUCAGAGGGUCAGUACUGAGGGAGUGCUGAA